AUGGAGUGCACAUACGUUGGGCAUUCAGCAAAAUGCCACCGAGCAGUCAACCAAAACGCCCCGCAUCUGCACACCUCGCCUCUGCACCGAGCAGUCCUCAGGCCGCAUCUGCGCGCGCUCCUCAGGCCGCCCCCGCCCCGCCGCCGGCAGGCCCCGCCGCCCGCAGGCCCCGUCGCCCCACCGCCCGGAGGCCCCGUCGCCCCGCUCGUCAGGCCGGCCCCGCCCCGCCCAGCCGCCGACCGGCCCCGCCCCGCCCCGCCACCGGCAGGCCCCGUCGCCCCGCUCCUCAGGCCGGCGUCCGCCCCGCUCCUCAGGCCGGCGUCCGCCCCGCUCCUCAGGCCGGCCCCGCCCCGCCCCGCCGCCGGCCGGCCCCGCCCCACCGCCGUACGGCCCCGCCCCGCCGCCGGCCAGCCCCACCCCGCCCCGCCCCGCCUCCGGCCGGCCAGGCCCCGCCCCGCCCACGCUGCAGUCUGCCCCACCCCGCUAUGGAUGGAUGAAUUUGCUGCUUAUACAAUUUGGGAUAGUGCUGUCAAUGUUGUCAAUAUGGAGAAAGUUAAAGAGCCCAAAGAAAAUUGGGAUAGUGCUGCUCAUACAAUUUAUAUGACUGCUUGCGUAGAGGAGGUUCGAGGAAAUAAUCGCAGCGGCAGCUUUUUGUCGGACAUAGGACAAGCUAAUUUGCAUAAAAAGUUCAAUGAACGCUCCGGAAGAAACUAUUCAACCCGGCAAAUCAAAAAUAGGUGGAGUGUGUGUAGGAGCGACUACAAUACAUGGAAGACAUUGAUCCAGCAAGCAUCUGGCCUAGGAAGAGAUGAGCAUACGAAGACUAUUGCUGCUACAAAUGAGUGGUGGGCAUUGGAGAUAAAGGCACAUCCAGAAGCUGCCAAGUUCCGGUAUGCUCCACUAGCGGAGGAGGAAAAAAUGUCAGAGGUUUUCGAUAAUUGUUGUGUCACAAAUGAGCAUGCGAGGGUGCCAACUCCCUCUUAUCAAGGUGAUCCCUCCCGAAUUAUUUUGGAGGAUGACUCAGGGAGUGAAAGUCAGGAUUGCCAAGUUACCCCUAUUCAAAAUCGAGGAAAGAGUGGGAAGAAGAGGGCGUCUCCUUACUCGCCAAGUCCAAAGAUGAAUGAUAAGUGGGCAGGUGAGAAUGCUAAAAAUGAGGCUUUUGUACGCAUGGUGGAUCUCUUUAGUGCAAGAGACAAGAGGGAUCCGGAGGAGAGUGUGGAUCAAACAAGACAAGAGAUUCAACACAUGAUGGCCAUGGUGGAAGCGGAUGGUGCAAAACCAGGAAGUGAUGAGCAUUUCUAUGCUACCUUUCUUUUCAUGGAAAAGAAAUAUCGCGAUGUUUUCUCCUCUUUCACGGCUCAUGAACCUAUUGCGAGGCUUGGAUGGAUAAACAGGAUGUGGCAGCUUAACAACAAGUAG